AUGGCUACCCACCCCAUCCCAUUGACCCCCGAAAACCUUCUUCAAGUCCUCCAAGCAGCUGCUUCAAAUGACCAAUCAAUCCUCCAACUAGCCAGCAAACAACUCCAAUCCUGGGAAACAACACCGGGCUAUUGGAGUCUACUCCAAGAUGCCUAUCUUGAUCAAUCUCUAGAAAAGAAUGUACGGUGGAUGAGUAUCAUCACGCUGAAAUAUGGUGUUGAUAGGUUUUGGAGGAAGGCUGCCAUAAAUGCGAUAUCUAAAAAUGAGAGAACAAGGAUUAGAUCGAGGUUAUUGGACUCCGUUAAUGAGCCGGAUAAUAAACUGGCUUUGCAAAACGCUGUCAUAGUAGGGAAAGUCGCUAGGAACGAGUAUCCACUCGAUUGGCCAGACAUCUUCUCUCGCCUCUUAGACAUAAUCCGCACCUCAGCGCCCCCACCAGACCGAUCCCAACUACUCCCAAACCAACAACCAUCAGUCCUCCGUCUCCAACGUUCCCUCAGCCUUCUCCUCCAUGUCGUAAAGGAAUUAUGUACAGGCCGAAUCCCUAGGAUACGAAGUAACCUACAAACAGCAUCACCAGAGCUAUUCCGUGUUAUCGCAGGAAUAUAUGUUCAAUAUGUCGAACAUUGGAAGCAUGGCGUGGAGAAUAAGUCGCAUUCAGAUGAAUGGGUUAACGAACGGCUACAUAUUAGUCUGUCUUGUUUGAAGGUGCUGAGACGAUUAUUGGUCAGUGGGUUUGAGUUUGCGAACAGGUCGGACGAGAUCAAGCAGUUUUGGACAAUAACAAAUGAACAAUGGACUUCAUUUAUCAACAUGACAAACGCGGAGGUACCGGAUCUAAACAAAGUCCUAAUAUUCAAGCACAUCGUCGGCUUAGGAAAGCUCUAUCUCGACCUAUCCAAAGGCCAGCCUGCCGCAUUUGCAUUGAUGCCCGAUGUUCUAACCGUUCUUCACAACUACUGGCAAGUAGCGAACAAUUACGGCGACUCCCUAGCAAACGGUAGUAGAGCAGGACUUGGGAAGCAAUCUAAAAAGAACGGCGGUGUUGCCGGAGACAAAGAUGAUGAUAAAUCUUCAUUUCUUGAAAAAACCGCCUUACAAGGGAUGCUAUUAUACAGGAAUUGCAUACAGAUGGUCUUUAAACCCGUCCAGACAUUUAAGUACCGACAUAAAGAGGAAAAAGAGGAAAACAUAACGGCAACGGCGUUCAUGAAGAAUCAAGUCUUGACGCUGGAGCUAGCAACCCAGUUCAUGGAGCUGUUGGUCACGAAGUACUUUAUACUCAGGCAAGACGAUUUGGAAGCUUGGGAAGAGGACCCGGAGACAUGGGCAAUAACUUGGGAUGAUCAGACGGAGUCUUGGGAGUACAUGAUACGUCCUUGCGCUGAGAAGCUAUUUGCCGAUCUUGCCAUGAAUUUUAAGAUGGACCUCGCGCAGCCUAUUGUGAAUGUUUUUAACAACGUUGCAACCCUGGACAACCACGACGUCCUCCUCAAGGACUCUGUCUACAAUGCCGUCGGUCUAGUCCCAGCCAUCCUAGAACCUCACCUGGACUUUAAUAUAUUCCUGCAGAACGUUCUAGCGAAUGAAGUUCAAAUCACUCAACCAGACUACCGCAUCCUCCGCCAUCGGAUCCCAAUAUUAAUCGGCCAAUGGGUUUUCGUUAACAUCGACGUCCAACAUCGGUCGACAAUAUACCAGAUCACACAGCACCUACUAAACAAGUCAGAUCCAUUGAAUGAUCUCUGCGUGAGGAUCACGGCUGCCAAAUCUUUAAAGUGUUCGAUUGACGAGUGGCGAUUUGACAUCAACAGCUUUUUGCCGUUUGUGGACGAUAUAUUUGACCAAUUGAUGCUGUUGAUCGAUGAGGUAGAAGAAACAGCGACGAAGAUGUCGCUGGUGGAUGUUAUCGGAUUGAUUGCGGAGAGAAUGUCACAUAAUAUUGCCCCGUAUGCCCACCGCGUAAUCAGCAUCCUCCCCCCACUCUGGGAAGCCACGGGCGAAGAACAUCUCUUCAAACAAUCCAUCCUGGCAAUCCUCACCAAAAUCGUCAGCGCGAUGAAAGACUCCUCGCUAAAAUACCAAGAAAUGGUAGUAAACCUAAUCCGCUUCUCCGUGUCCCCUGAAAACGGUCUACAGACAUUUUUAUUAGAAGACGCAUUGGAACUCUGGGAUGCAGCAGUCACCUCCACGCCGGCUGAUAGCGCCGCACCAUUAUUAGAGUUGGUACCUUUACUAAUUCCAUGUUUGGAAUCGGAUACCGCCUUAACACGAAGAGUUUUGGAGGUUAUCGAGGGGUAUAUCUUACUCGCCCCGCGUGAGAUGUUGAAUAACUAUGCUUUGACGUUAUUCAAUGUCUUCGGCGGUAUGUUAGGAAAAGGUUUGAAACACGAUGCGGCGGAGGUGAUAACCGAUGCGAUGGAAUUGAUGAUUAGAACGGCAUCAGCGGUUCAAGGUGAAGAAGGAAUGAAGGCGUUAGGUCAAGCGAUGGUCAGUAGCGGUGUUGCUAGAAAACUAUUUGAAGGGGUUUAUACGACUUGGGAGGCACAUCAGACAACGGGACCCAACAAGAAGUAUCCGGAGAUAGAUGUUCAGGUGCUUACGGCUUACUUUGGGGUGUUGAGUAGGGUUAUACUGGGGAGUUUGGAGGUGUUUGAAGGGCUGGUGGGGUAUAUUUCCAGUCUGGGGGUUAAUGAGAAGAGGGUGGAGGCAUGGUUGAUGGAGGAGUGGUUUUCACACUUUGGAAACAUAGGAAACCCAAGAUCGCGGAAACUCAACGCCUUAGCAUUAACGAAACUCCUAGAACUCGACCAAGAAUGGAUACUAGUCCAGAUGCAAGAUCUAAUGACCGUCUGGACUGAUGUAGUUCAAGAACUAGUUGAGGAAAAUAGAGACAACCUCGUCUACGACAUCCACCCCGAAUCCGCAGACCCAACCUCUGCCGAAUCCAAACGACGGAGAGAAUUAACUGCAACGGAUCCGGUACAUACAAUCCACAUUGUAGAAUGGAUCAGACAUUAUCUCCUACAAGCCCAGAAUAAACACGGAGCCGAAGCGUUUAAACACAAGUGUAUCGAUAAUGUGGAUAAGGAUAUUCUGGCAGAUUUCAUGAAAUUGAAGAUUUUUUGA